UCCAGCAUGCUUCCCCAAGUUUUGGCUUUGGCGGUCCUGGUGGCCGGCGCCAGCGCCGGAGCGAUCGGCCUGGGGCUGGGUGGUCUCGGCCUGGUGGCUCGCCACGAUGUGGGGGUGGUGGAUUAUCACACUCCGGCCAGGUACGAGUUCAAGUACGGAGUGGGGGACCCGAAGACUGGCGACCGCAAGGAGCAGGCGGAAGUGCGGGUUGGGGAUGUGGUCAAAGGGGAGUACUCUUUGGCGGAGCCUGAUGGUACCAUUCGGGUGGUGAAGUACACCGCUGAUGACCACAACGGGUUCAAUGCUGUGGUGUCGAGAGUGGGGCAUGCGGUGCAUCCGCAGCCCAUUUUGGUGUCGAAAGGGCUGGCUCUGGGGGGCAUCGGGCUUGGAGGACACAUUUUGUAAGGAAAGGUCGGAUUUGUGGGGCUGAAAUGGAUUAUGGCAAGC